AAAAAAAAAAAGCCCCUCGACACCUGCAUGGCCCGCCCUUGAACCUCCUGUCACGAGAUAUGAGGCCCAUCCCCCUCCGCCAUGGCGCAGCUCCGUCUCCGGCUCUCUUGAGAUUUCUGCGCGCCCAGACCGAGUCGCACCUCUGCUCGCCCGCCGGAUCUGCAUUUCCGCAAUACUGCGCAAAAGCCCGCGCCAGCUUUCCCACCACCACCGCCCUCGUCGGCGACUCGUCGCUGCGCUCGCCGUUCGCGUCGCCCGCGAGAUAUCAGUCUUCGUGGGCUGCUCGCUCGUCGUCGCGCCUUUCCCCGUUACCUGCUUCCCGUCUCGCAGCCGCGCCCGAGCUGCCCGGCCCGCACCAUGCGCAUACGCCUCUCCGGAGGCUAUCAAGCAAGUCGCUCGCAAGCUUCUGGGAUAGGUGGCUGGGGAGACGCAAGCCGGCGUCGAAGCUCCACGCCGAUGACUUGCCACCGCGGAACACCUAUACCCAGGACGAGGGUGGUAUCAGACGGCCUAGGCCGAUCAACGAGCUCAGGCUCCGCUGUACUGAGUUUGACGAGAACGGCAAUGUCACGCUGGUCAGCGGCGAGUUUCGAAAAAGCGAGCUCAUUGCCAAGUACAGUCUUCUCCCCCGUGAUCUUCGCAAAAUCGACUCCUCGAUGCUUCCGCACAUCCUCAUCCGACCCUCCGCCAUUCUCAUAAACCUCCUGCACCUUCGCGUCCUGAUCAAGCACAACCGCGUGCUGGUCUUCGACGCAUACGGCACGACCAACACACAUGCCCAGUCUGCCUUCAUGUAUGAUCUUGAAGGCCGUUUGAAUCAGAAAGACCUGCGGCAGAAUGGCUCCUUGCCGUACGAGUUUCGUGCGUUGGAAGCUGUGCUGAUCAGCGUGACAACUGGUCUUGAAAGCGAGUUCGAGGGCGUACGCGAGCCUGUCGCUCAUGUUCUGAAGGAGCUUGAAGAGGACAUUGAUCGAGACAAGCUGCGUUACCUGCUCGUCUACUCGAAGAGGCUGGGUCGGUUUGAGCAGCAGGCGCGCCUUGUGAGAGACGCGCUCGACGAGCUGCUCGAGGCCGACGACGACCUUGCGGACAUGUAUUUGACAGAAAAGGCAGAAGGCAAGGACCGUGGAGAGCACGACCAUAGCGAGGUGGAGUUGUUGCUGGAAAGCUACCACAAGGUCGCCGAUGAAAUCGUGCAAGCGGCCGAGGAACAGUUGUCGAGCAUUCGCAACACGGAGGAAAUUGUCAAAGCCAUCCUCGACGCCAACCGCAACUCGCUCAUGCUCCUCGAGCUGAAGUACGCCGUGUGGACGCUCGGCCUGACCGCGGGCACCUUCGUCGCCGCCCUGUACGGCAUGAACCUGCAGAAUUUCAUCGAGGAAACAGAUUGGGGCUUCUGGGGCGUCAGCGCGUGUUGCGCCAUCAUCACGGUAGUAGCGACGUCUGCGGGACUAGGCAAGCUGCGACGGGUGCAGCGGGUGAAGAUGUGGGGCGAACACGGGCGGUACAGCAGCAUGAAGGGCAGCUGGCGGGAUACGGGCGAGGCGGGUCUGAUGGCACCAUCGUCGCGGGUGCCGCCGGUCGGGGGAGCGGCGGCGGCGGUAGGGCCGGCGAGCUUGAACACGACCGACGCGGUGGCACGCAAGGAGAAGCUGAAGAAGCUGCCCGACUUUCAGACGGCGAGGAAAGUACUGGACCACUCGAAGAGCACGGAGAAGGUGGUCAAGGAGGCGGAGGACCACUCGAAGAGCAUGGAAAAGGUGGUCAAGAAGGCGGAGGACCACGCGGAGCGUGGCCAUUAGACGGCUUGUUGUUGUUGUUUGCUUGGGUGAUUGCUUCUCCUCUCCGAUUGUUUCUGUUGCAUAGACGACAAACACCGCUCUGGGGCUGGCGCGGGCGGGGGCGGCAUGGGCUUUUGCAUAGCGUUGGCGUUUUGCUUGGAUAUGUAUCAUGUAUCACGUCUAGAUGUUGAGCAAUAGAAUGCAUUUGAAUGGGUGGCCUGUACCAGUCUUUACCAAGGGAAGAAGAGUAAUUAAUUGCAAAGCUCACUUCACUCGCAUCACCGCUGCAUCGUCCGCCGCAAACCACAACAGACAUCGGCAAACCUUCCCCUCCGCGCCCGCGCGCGUAGGUCGUCAGGGUCCCAACCCAUAAAAAAAAAAAAAAAA